GAUAUCAACUCCUGUAGUCUACUGACAGACAGGACAGUAGACAAAACAAAAAUUGUCUUUAGCUUUAGCCUUUAGCAUAUCCGGACUCCGCCGUCGGCCGCCGUCUAUGCCCGUCCGUUGAAUACAGAGUACAGACUUCUAGAAACUAGUUUAUAAAAAAAAAAUGUAUAGGUAAAUAAAUAAUAAGUUGAGGUUUUGGAGUGAACAAUUUUCUUCUCGAGUAAAAAUAAUCACAAAAUUGUGUAAAUAUUUUACAAUUACAACUUCUACUUUCUGCUGUAAACAUGGGUUUGAAUUUAAAAACAAAAUUCACUCUAUUUUCUAUUACAAUACAUUCAGUGAUAUUUAUCACUUCUUUUGUAUCGUAUUACGGCCUAAAGGCUAGUCAAAACUCAUUACAUUACCUGACAAUUUAUUCUGGCCACAUAAAUGUACAAGUGAAAAAUGAUGGCUAUCAUAGAGUUCUUCAUACUACAGUUACGGCUGACUAUGAAUUUUCAGACCGUAGGGAUUGUGCUAUAACGUUACGGUAUGAUUUUCCAUCUGAUAUCUAUGUGGAUACUUAUGAACUAAAAACUAUCGCUUUGAAUCAUAAGGUGGAAUUUUAUGUUGAUACUAGAUUUAUUGAUGUAGAAUCACCAGCCCAUAAGGCAGACCCAUUUGUUCUUUAUGUUGUCAACUAUACUCUACCAGAUACAGCAAACAAACUUACUGAAACAGAAUUUCCCAUUCAUUUGAGGUAUCAAAUGUCAGCUGAAGAUGGCCGUUACAAGGAAGUUCGAUUUGGUGAUGCAUAUUCAGAUGUACAAAUGUUGUAUUUGUGCAAGGGAUAUGCGGAUUCCAAUUGGAAGCAAUAUCCACUUAACUCUGGAGAAUGGAUUACUGCCAGUAACGUGAAUGUUAAAAAAGAAAUAGUAAUGUAUGUACCAAUCGGUGAUAACAGUAACCAACCGUGGGUUAGUUUCAUCACACAUAUUGUAGUCUUGUUUGGAACUUACAUUAUUCUUCGUCAUAUAAUGAUGGCUCCAAAACCCGUCAAUGUUACAAUGGGAUUAACUCCAGUUAGAUUUUAAAAUAUACUUAAAUGAUUGUUGAUUCUAAACUAAUGCAAUAAUCUGUAUAAACAAUAGCAUGUUUCUAAAAACUAUUAUUAGAAAUGUAUAUUGUGUGUUAAAGACUAAGAAGACUAUAU